GCUUUUUAAAAAUAAACUGUCUGAUGCAUUAGAUCUAUGAACUGAGAAUUUGAAUGAUUAGUGUACACUUUACUGAUUGAAUUGUGUUUGAUAUUGGUUACAUUUUUCUGUUUCCAUUUAAAUACUGUAAUUACUUUGUUGUAAAUUAUUGACCACUGUCUUGCUGAGAUUGUUGUUUGAAAGUAGGAGAACAAAUCUUUAAUGAUGAGCAGUAAAAAGAGUUUAGCCUGGGACUUUUUUAAGAAGAAAGAUGGAUUGGCUGUUUGCAAUGUAUGUCAAACCAAGUAUAAAUUUCAAACAACAACGACAAGCCUCAUUUACCACAUACGCAAGAAACAUCCAACACUCCUUGGAGACAAUGAAAGCAGUGGAAGGACAGGUCCUCCAGCAAGUGGUCCAUCAUCUGCUACAGCUGGUGGCCCACCAAGCAUUGCCGAGGUUGGAGCAACUGCAAGGAUGACGCAGCCAACCAUACAGCAGAGUAUAGAAUCACGAAGGCUGUAUCCCUUGACAUCACCUCGAGCUCAGGCCCUCGACAUGCUUGUUGCGGAGAUGGUCUGUUUGGACCUGCAGCCCUUCUCUGUUACGGAGGACAGAGGUUUUAGAAGACUGAUAAAUGCCUUGGAUCCAGGAACCAGCUACCAAGCAGGACAAAAAUCUCCAGGGCCCAAAAUGUAUUGUGAUAAAAUAGCAGAGGUUAUGAUGGCCCUUGCCAACACAAGCGCAGUUGCUUUGACAGCAGAUAUGUGGACUUCACGGGCAACACAGGGCUAUCUGACCGUCACAGCGCACUGUCUGUCUCCACAUUGGCAACUUCAGUCGUUUGUACUCAACACUGUAAGAAUGGCAGACUCGCACACUGCAGACAAUAUAACACAAGAGCUAAAAAGGAUCAUCAAGCGCCGGAAUAUCCAGGACAAAGUGAAUGUGGAGGUGACUGACAACGGCCAGAACAUGGUGAGGGCCGUUACACAAAUUCCUCUCCGCCAGUUUUCGUGUUUUGGCCACACCAUCAAUUUGGAAGUGAAUGACGCCCUUGGUAAUGCUAUUCAACUCACAGAGACAAGGAAAAAGGCCAGGGACAAAGUGUCCUAUUUCCACCACAGCACAAAGGCAGCCGACUAUCUACGGGAGCAGCAAAAGGGGGCGCACGCCCAAAAAGCUUUAAAGCUUAGUCAGGAAGUCCCAACGAGGUGGAAUUCAACCUUAUUUAUGCUGGAGAGGUACAUUCAGCUACAUACACAAAUAACAACUGCCCUCUCCCUUCAGAGCCGCCAGCACAAGUGCCUCUCCAACAGUGAACUGGUUUUCAUUUCAGAUGCUGCCAGAGACCUCAGACCAUUUGAAAAGGCCACAAGAGAAACAAGCGAUGAACACUUUCCCACCAUCGCCAUGUGUCUGCCACUUGUUAAUCUCCUUCUGCAGUCCGCCAAGGCAGUACCAAAAACAGGAUUGAACGACUUGCUGCUUGCGUCUCACUGCAACAGAUUAAAAAAUCAUGAAAAGAUCUUUCUUUGGGCUGCCAGCACUUUUUUGGAUCCAAGAUUCAAGAAACACGCCUUCUUGGACAACACAGCAGUUCAAGAAAUUUCUAGUAAGAUGGCAAAGAGACUGGCAAAGCCGACUGCUCCUCCAACAACAGCCGUUUCCAGCUCCGAUGAUCAAACAACUGAGUCCAACGUCCCCAGCGAAUCAAUUUGGAAAGCAUUCGACCUUAAGAUCCAGAAUGUUUUAAAGACCACCGCUAACCCACACAUCAGGCCACAGACAGAAAUGCGGAGGCACCUGGAAGAGGACCCCAUUCCCAGGACCGACGACCCACUUUUCUGGUGGAGAGCACAUGAGGGACUUUUUCCUGAGCUGUCGAAGCUGGCCAAAAAGUACUUGUGUAUCCCAGCAACAAGCGUUCCAUCAGAGCGGCUCUUCUCAACAGCAGGGGAACUUAUUUCCCAAAAAGGGCCAACCUGAAGGAUGAGAACAUCGACAUGAUUUUGUUCUUGAACAAGAACCACCAUUUUGCUUGAAACUUCAAUCUGGUCAGAAACCUACCGAGUUCACGACGAUUGUGGAAGAGGUAAGGACUGACCACUUCGAUCAUUGACUACACAACAGGUCCAGAAAUAAGG